AUGGCGGGAGGCGUCAGUAAGGCCGUGUCCAACGCCAUGGACAUAGGCGCAAAUAGUUUUGCGCUCUUCUUGAAAUCUCCCCGUAAAUGGGUCUCGCCCGAUAUCAAGGAUGAGGAGGCAGCAGAGUUCAAACGGCUCUGUGAAAAGUAUGGCUACAAUCCACGCACAGAUGUGCUUCCGCACGGCUCGUACUUCAUCAACUUGGCAAACCCAGACCACGAAAAAGAAGAGAAAGCAUACGGCGGGUUCUUGGAUGAUUUGAAGCGGUGUGAAAAGCUCAACAUUGGGCUUUACAACUUCCACCCGGGGUCCAGCUUGGACGGCGAUUUCAAGGAUGCAUUGGCAAAGUUGGCCAAGAACAUCAACCGGGCCAUGAAGGAGACGUCUUUUGUGAAGAUUGUCAUCGAAAACAUGGCGGGCCACGGGAACUUGAUUGGCUCCAAUUUGAAGGACCUAAAAGACGUCAUCGAGAUGGUCGAGGACAAGUCCAGAAUCGGUGUUUGUAUCGACACGUGCCAUACGUUUGCGGCUGGAUACGACAUCACGGACCAGGAAAAGUACGACCUUUUCUGGAAGCAGUAUGAAGAAAUCGUGGGCUGGGAGUACCUCAGUGCCAUCCACUUGAACGAUUCCAAGGCCCCCCUUGGUGCAAAUCGAGACCUUCACCAGAAGUUGGGAUACGGGUUUUUGGGUCUUGACGUGUUUCGUAUGGUGGCCAACGAUGAGCGGCUUCAAAACAUUCCGAUCAUUCUCGAGACGCCCGUUGAAAAAGACGACUCUGUGUACGGCGAGGAAAUCAAACUUUUGGAGUGGCUACAGGACAAGAAGCCCAACGACGAAGAGUUUUUGGAAAAGGCGAAGGCACUCCUGGCAAAGGGAGCCAAGGAAAGGAGUGAACAUCUCAAGAAGUUUGAAGAGAAAAACGCCAAGGAGGCUGUGAAGAAGGAGAAAGCAGAAAGGAAGAGACAAGGUGCAGACAUACUGUCUCUCCUCACAAAAAAGGCCAAAAAGUGA